AUGACCGCUGAGGACUCCACUGCAAGGAUGAGCAAUGAUUCUUCCAACAUGGCUACCACGAAAGUCCCUGAAGGUGUUGCUGGUGCCCCCAAUGAGGCCGCUCUGCUGGCCCUCAUGGCGCGCACUGGAUAUAGCAUGAUCCAGGAGAAUGGGCAACGCAAGUAUGGGGGCCCUCCUCCCGGCUGGGAGGGUCUGCACCCUCCUCGCGGCUGUGAGGUCUUUGUGGGCAAGAUCCCCCGCGACGUCUAUGAAGAUGAGCUCGUCCCCGUGUUCGAGUCUGUUGGCCGCAUCUAUGAAAUGCGCCUGAUGAUGGACUUUGAUGGGAAGAACCGUGGCUAUGCCUUUGUGAUGUACACACAGAAGCAUGAGGCAAAGCGUGCUGUCAGGGAGCUGAACAACUAUGAGAUCCGCCCCGGCAGGCUGCUGGGGGUGUGCUGCAGCGUGGAUAACUGCCGGCUCUUCAUCGGAGGCAUUCCCAAGAUGAAGAAGAGAGAGGAGAUCCUGGAAGAGAUCGCCAAGGUGACAGAAGGCGUGCUGGAUGUCAUCGUGUAUGCCAGCGCAGCAGACAAGAUGAAGAACAGAGGCUUUGCCUUUGUGGAGUAUGAGAGCCAUCGUGCAGCAGCAAUGGCCAGGAGGAAACUCAUGCCAGGAAGGAUCCAGCUGUGGGGACACCAAAUUGCUGUUGACUGGGCAGAACCAGAGAUAGAUGUGGAUGAAGAUGUCAUGGAGACUGUUAAAAUCCUCUAUGUGAGGAAUUUAAUGAUUGAGACCACAGAGGACACCAUUAAAAAGGUCUUUGGGCAGUUUAACCCUGGCUGUGUAGAGCGGGUGAAAAAAAUACGUGAUUAUGCCUUUGUGCACUUUACAACCAGGGAAGACGCCAUUCAUGCCAUGAACAACCUUAAUGGUGUUGAACUGGAAGGCUCGUGCCUGGAGGUUACCUUGGCCAAGCCAGUAGACAAGGAACAAUACACUCGAUACCAGAAGGCAGCAAAAGGAGGGGCCGCAGCAACGCCCGAAGUAACUCAGCAACCUAAUUAUGUUUACUCUUGUGAUCCAUACACACUAGCGUAUUAUGGAUAUCCAUACAAUGCUUUGAUUGGGCCCAACAGAGAUUACUUUGUGAAAGCAGGCAGCAUACGAGGCAGAGGGCGAGGUGCGGCUGGGAACAGAGCCCCUGGCCCCAGGGGCUCCUACCUGGGGGGAUACUCUGCCGGCCGUGGCAUCUACAGCAGGUACCAUGAAGGCAAAGGAAAACAGCAAGAGAAAGGAUAUGAGCUGGCACCCAGCUUGGAGUUACCUGCGGUCAAUCCAGUGGCCAUUAAGCCUGGUGCAGUGGCCAUCCCUGCCAUUGGUGCCCAGUACUCCAUGUUUCAGGCUGCGCCACCAGCCAAGAUGAUGGAAGAUGGCAAAAUCCACACUGUUGAACACAUCAUCAACCCUAUAGCUGUCCAGCAGGACCCGGCUAGUGCAGCAGCUUCAGCAGCCGCAGCAGCAGCUGUAAUACCGGCUGUCUCAACACCUCCCCCCUUCCAGGGCCGCCCCAUCACACCGGUGUACACCAUGGCUCCCAAUGUGCAGCGGAUCCCUGCCACUGGGAUUUAUGGGACAAGUUAUGUGCCGUUCGCAGCGCCCGCUGCAGCGACAGCAACAAUAGCCACGCUACAGCCCCGGCCCGUGCCGCCGCUGCCUAUGGGGUACGCUGGAUACCUCCCCCCAGCAUUCCCAGCUGCGACCAUCCAGGUCCCCAUCCACGAUGUCUACCAGACGUACUGA